AUGUCUUGUAAAACGAUAUUGGCCAAGGAGAUUUCGGCAAGUUAUAGAGAUGAAAUAAGAAACACGAUAGUGGCAAGGGGAAUUCGUCCGAAGCUUGUGGGCUUUCUCGCUAAUCAAGAUCCCGCUGCGGUAAAGUAUGCAGAGUCCACGGCGAAGACGUGUGCCGAAACCGGAGUUGAUUUUGAAAUGAGAAAGUGUGAGCGAAAGGACCUGGAGAAUCAGAUCGUGGAGGCAAAUGAAGACGAACGAGUACACGGGAUUAUGAUUUAUUAUCCGGUGUAUGGCGAUCGUCAGGUAAACGCAUCGAGGAGCGAAAUUGUGGGUCGUCCACUUGCCGCUUUGUUGGCGAACGACGGUGGAAAAGUGUACUCAGUAGACAUCAACGGAGUCCAAGAGUUUUAUCGCGGUUCGGGAUUGAAACUCAAGAAACAUGAGGUUCGCGAAACAGACCUCCAACUCGAAGAUGUCAUCCCAAUUUCGGAUGUGGUCAUAACCGGAGUUCCAUCGCCCACCUAUAAAAUCCCGACUUCCUUGUUGCGCGAGGGGGUGAUUGCCAUAAACUUUUCGACGUAUAAAAAUUUCGAGAAUGAGGUUAAAGAAAAAGCCAGCAUCUAUGUCCCGACGGUGGGCAAGGUCACCAUCGCCAUGUUGGAAAGGAAUUUGCUUAGGUUGUAUGAUUAUCAGUAUAGUAGUAGUCGAGAGAAUUGA